GCAGAAGAACAUGGAUAUCUGAUGAGUAUGGAGACCUUUAAGAUUGCAAGAGUACUAGUGAGAUGAAAAUGAAUGCAACACAUGGAGUAUUGUAAGCUGUAGUUUGUUGACAUGAUAGAUGUUAAUACUUUUGAUGGUUAGGGUUUUACAUGUACAUAACCCUUCAAAUUGUGUUAGCUGACUACCAGGUACAAUGGAGUUAUUUUAGUCUUGGCCACAGCAUCAAUCUCUUAUGAUGACCAACAACUGCUCUUAGAAAGGGCAGUUUACUUUUUAGCAGAAGUAAUUGAGCAAGUACGGCAGCCAUGAUCUGUAGCAGUGUCAAGUUGGCAACGCGCCGCUGUUUCAUCCCAGGGCGGGCGCGCCGUUGCUUCAUGGUCAUCGUCGUGGUCAGUUUGACCUCUCUGUGGAUGCUUACCAUGCAAAUCAUCCAGGUACGGCCUCAGACCCAUCUACCGGAUGUCCAGUCCAAAGGCUUCUCUGACCAUUCCAUAUCAAGGACAAAGUCACCCAAAGUAAGGGGCGUUGGUUUAGCUGAUGAAGCACAUGGUGGCUCACCGAUGGACAGUCCUCCAGAGUUUGAGGAGGAAGGAACUAAGUUACACCAGCGCCUUUUGAAAGGAGAACCAGUUUACCAAAUGGCUGAAAGACAUAUCAAGGAUACAGAAGGAUUGGUGCUGGUUUUCUUAGAGAUGUCAGACUCUGGACGAAACCUGCUCAAUAUUUUGCAAUCGCACCGUUUCAAUGUGAAAGUUGCCCUGGUGCAUGAUAGUGUAUGGCCAUCGUUAACCCGGGAUGAUGACAAGGGCUUGUUCAGUGUUAUUAUUUUUGAGAGCCUGAGAUCCUACGGGCAUCUGAGCAGUGUCAAAACAAAGGUUCUCCAAGAGUACUGCAGAGCAUUCAAUGUUGGCAUUAUUAUAUUUACACAACCAGAGGUAACAAGUGAUUUCAACCAAAUCAGAAACUUUCCAUUGUAUAUCGAUCAGCAUGCAAGGUUAAAAGACCCCAUCGUCAACCAAAGCAGCAGUGUUCCUCGGAUAACAAGAUCCAACGUAAGAUUCUUUGGUAACCUGCCUGGGGAUCGUUGGACCACCUUCAGGACAAAUCAUUCUACCUACGUUCCUGUCAUGGAAGCAAACUUAGCAGUACCACUCCAAGUAGUAACCCACCCUGAUGAGAAAGCCAAACUGAACAGUAAGAUCUGUGUGGUGUAUGACAGAGGAUGGAUGGACGGUAUCAAGAGGAUAUUCUUUGGGUACUCUUCAAAUCAUUUCUUGCACAUGGUACUCGUGUUGGACAGUAUAGCACACUUGACUGCUGGGAAACUUCAAACUGAUCUGGAUCGAUACGUUCUCAUCGACAUUGAUGAUAUCUUUGUUGGGAAGAUUGGCAUACGGCUCAAGGCUUCAGAUAUUGAGAACAUGAUCAAGGUUCAAGGAGAAAUCCAGGAACUUGUCAAAGGUUUCCGCUUCAACUUGGGAUACUCUGGCAAGUUCUUCCAGCAUGGAGAUGAGGAGGAGAAUGCAGGAGACCGCAAGCUCCUGCAGGAGGCUAAGCACUUCUGGUGGUUCCCUCACAUGUGGGAUCACAUGCAGCCUCACCUACUCAAGACCAAAGCCAAGCUGAAGGAACUCAUGUUGCUCAACAAGCAGUUUGCUGUGGACAAUAACAUCCCAAUCAUGAAGGGGUACUCGGUUGCCCCCCAUCAUUCCGGUGUGUACCCAGUCCAUGAGGACCUCUACUCUCUAUGGAAGGAGAUUUGGGGCAUCGACGCCACCAGUACCGAAGAGUACCCUCACCUCCGACCAGCUCACCGAAGAAGAGGUUUCAUCUACAAAGACAUCAUGGUGUUGCCAAGACAGACGUGCACACUCUUCACCAAGACGAACUUCUUCAGUGAAUACAAUGGAGGCAAGCCAGCUUUGGAUGGCACCAUCCAGGGUGGGGAGCUCUUUGCAACGCUGGUCAGCAACCCUGUGAACAUAUUCAUGACUCACAUGUCCAACUAUGGCAGCGACCGACUGGCUACCUACACGUUCAAACACGCUUUUCAGUUCGUUAACACCUACACCAACCUGAAACUGCAGACACUUCCUCCAGUCCCCACUGCCAAGAAAUACUUUGAGCUGUAUCCGCAGGAAAAGCAACCUCUCUGGGGCAAUCCUUGUGAAGAUCAUAGACUGAUGGAGGUAUGGGCUGAGGACAAAGACUGUACCAGACUACCCAACUCUCUCAUCCUUGGUCCACAAAAAACAGGUACUACUGCUCUCUACACUUUCCUGCAGAUGCAUAAAGGAAUAGUCAGCAACCGUCCAAGCGAGAAGACCUUCGAAGAGGUGCAAUUCUUUAAUGGAGAUAACUACUACAAUGGAUUAGAUUGGUAUCUUGACUUCUUUCCGUCCAACAAGAACCAAAGCAACGUCCAUAUCUUUGAGAAGAGUGCCAACUACUUUGACAGUGCUCAGGCUCCUAAGAGGGUCAAAGCCCUGCUCCCUAAGGCUAAACUGAUCGUCAUUCUCCUGGACCCAGCAAAGAGGGCUCACUCCUGGUAUCAGCACAUGCGGGCACACGAUGAUGAAGCCAGCCUACAGUACUCAUUCCGUGAUGUCAUCACUGCCAAACCUGAUUCUCCAAAACUACUCAGAGAACUUCAGAAACACUGCCUGGAACCAGGGAAAUACGCAACUCAUUUACAAAGAUGGCUGACACACUUUUCAUCUCGCCAAAUGUUUUUGUUGGAUGGUGAAAUGUUGAAAACCAACCCUGCUCUUGCCAUGCUGAGAGUUCAGAAGUUUCUCAAGAUUAAACCAACCCUCAAUUAUUCCAGAUUACUCAAGUAUGAUCGCCAGAAGGGUUUCUACUGCCCUGUUGGGCCCAAGAACAGAACACGCUGCUUAGGAAAGGGCAAAGGUCGCAAGUACGCCGAGAUGGACUACGAGUCGGCAGAGUUCCUCCAGGCGUUCUACAGGCAGGAUAAUCUCAUCCUCUCUUCAGUCUUAGAGAAACUCAACCAACCGAUUCCUGACUGGCUUAAUGAUCACCUCAAAGACUUCUAGAUCAUCUCCACUCGAGAGAUCAUUUGAUUGAUUUAUUGAUGGGAUGAUGAUGCAUGAACUGCUUCUGAUGUAAGCGUGUGUCAGGGAUCUUCAUCCUCCAAUAUGUCGAGCAUGUCGGAACAUACGUAUCGGGAGCAUGGUAUCAUUGAAAGAAUCAUGCCUCGGGUAACCUUGAGAUGAACUCAUUCUCCUGAAGAUCAUCAGGGCCCUGUUCCACAAAACCGGUCAUCAGUGAUAAAUGACAGUCCUUGUUAUAAGCUAGUGAAAUCCUUGCUUCUGAUUGGUUAUCAGCAGAUUUGUCAUUGGUUUUUGUCAUUUGUCAUUGAAAAAAGGCUUUGUUAAACGGGUCCCAGAUCAGAGCAUACUGAUCCAAACAUCAAGAACCAAAGAGCACUCGGGGGAGCUCACCAGCCCCUUUUGAGGGCUCCUUUCCUUUGAAAGAAUUACAUGGUGUAAGCCUGAAAACUGUACCUACAAUACAGUUUCUCCACCAUGAAAAGUAUCGCUGAUUACUUUAGUUAUAAAUUGAAACCUUUACUAAUAACAGCAUCACCAGUUUUCACUCAGCAUCAUCCUACAACUCUCUUUUAAGGUACUGCUGAAAUGUAUAAAAGGUUGUGAGGGGUUGUUGUGUGAAAGCAAUGUGAUGCAUAAAUCUUCUUUAAUAGAACAAUAUUCAAGUCAGAGACUGAAGGUUUGUUCAGAUAUGCAGGGGAAAACACCAGAGUUUUUUUUUUAAUGAUGAUGUAAACUGUAUUUAAGCAUUUCUGUAUCUUAUAACAUGAAGCUCAGUUAAUACACAAAUGACCUUCGUUGCGCACAGCUGCCAUUAAUUUACAGAUAACACCGUACCGGCAACCUCAGUGUUUGUUGGUUAUUUUGCGGCGGUUAACCGCGUCAUAUCUGAACGAGCCUGAAGCUUGGCAUGCUUAGCAGGAUGCCAGGUGUAGGACCAAUGCACGUCAUGAUGGAAAACUUACCAUGAUGGUCUCAACUUUCUGUUGCUUUUGACCGUCUAUUGAAGCAAAUGGUGGAUUGCCACAGUCAUCCUUUGUCACACACACACACACACACACACACACACACACAUGUACAAUCUACAGAGUGUGUGUAUCGUGUACUCCUAACAAAUUGGCAGUCUAGGUUUUAAUCCAUUGCGAAUAGAGAAUUAAAGUACCAAGGGUUCAACAGUGUGAUUGUCCAAUAUCUGGGAAAACUAGCUUUCAGCUGGGCAAGGAAUUGGGACAUCAUUUGCACUAUUUUGCUAUUUAAAGCAAACAACUCCGUGAGGGGCAUGUUGAUAAUUAAUGCUGAUUUAAUAUCCGACUUACUUUUUUUGGCUUAAAAGCACCCUACUUUUUGGUACAUUUAUUUACAGUAGGUACAUUUAUGAAUUACUACAAAAUGAAUUUUUGCUGCAAGACAUGUGUAAGACCAUAUUUUGAAAUACAUUUAUCAGAUAUAUUUUUGAAAGAUACAUGUAGUUUGUAAAGUGAUGAUAAUGUUUAAGUCCUUCUACUCAUGCAUUUCUCUCCCCCCCCCCCCAGGACAAUGAAUGUCUACAGAUUAGUAUAGAAACACUUGGAUUGUACUGCUUUAAUUUGUCUAAACCCUGGUAGUAACUUACCACAUGAACAAAAGACGAAAGCUUUAAUUGAAAUUUCGCUUUACUUCUUAAUCAACAAAGCAGUUUUUGUAGCAGUACUAUUUUAUGUGUGCAUCUCAGUAUUGUACAAUAGUCAGUACAUGUACAGCAUCUUUUUUAUACUUGAUAUUUAAUGAAUUAUGCUGGCCGAGGAGUCACCCCUGUAUCGUGUAAAUUUAUUGUGCGCAGAUUGGUAAAACAUAUUUUGUUUUUAUGUGUUUUUUAAUAAUUUGGGAUGUACGUUUAGAGAAUGUUUAACAAUGGGAUCUGUGAACAGUUUCCUCCGGUCCAAUGGGAUUAUUAAUCUUGUGAACCUCAAUAUUGUUCAAUUAUUAUCAAUGAAAUUCAUCCCUAUUGUACAUGUACUAUUAAAUACAGUGGUUAAUGUGGCUAAUAUCCACAAAAUAUUAACAAUUAUAACUUUUCACAAUUAUUCAUGAAAGGGUAUUUAUAUACCCACAUAAAUUUUGGUUAAAAUUAGAGAGAAGGAUUUUGAUGAAUUAUUGUUUUGAAAAAUAUCUAUUGAUUCUACAACAAAAUACAAAUUGUAAAAUUUGUAUAAAUUUUAGAUAUGUAUUUGUUAGAACAGUGGGAUCACGUUGCCAAGAAUCUGUUUCGAUCAUUUUUUUUUGUUAAAGACAAGUUACUGUGGCUGAUACAAAGAGGUAAAAGUAAGGUUAUGAACAAGUACUGUUAGUGACAUUAGCAACUGUGAAACGGGUUUUGAUUUUGUACAAUGCGCUAAGCAAUUUAGAGUUUGAGGAAUGUUGUUGUUGUUUUUGUUUGAUGAAAAGAAAGGACACCAUUGUUUUGUAUUGUUAAUGAUGUAAUACCAGUGGAAGAACAAGUAUACCAGUAGGAUUGAAAGCAUUGAAUGAGAGAACAAAAUGAGACUAUGUACUACAUGAAAAUUAUGAGUGAGAGAGAGAGGGAGUGUGUGUGAGAGAGAGUGAGAGUGUGAAAGAGAGAGAGAGAGAGAGAGAGUAGAGAGAAGAGAGAGAGAGAGAGAGAGAGAGAGAAAGCACUGAUGUACCUUUGUUGCAACUCAUGGUCAUAGAAUUAUGAGCAUCUAUAUAACAUGUAUAUUUUAUGUAUUGGGGAGGGUCUUCUUUUCUUUCUUUUUUUAAUAGUUUUUCUUACAGAUCAUGAAGUGUUAAAAUUAUGGACAUGUUACUUUAUUCUUCGUUCUUUUUGUUAAAGGAUCAACGAUCGGACUGUAGCAAAUAUGGGAUAACUUAAAAGUUUGAUAUGAUACAUGUAGUAUUGAUGUAACCCAACCUUAUAGUGUGGUUUCACUUCAUCCUAAUAACAUUUAUUUACAUCAACUUCUUUUACCCUUUUGCGAUAAUCAUUCCACAUUUUGUGUUUUGGUUUAAUAACUUUU